GAUCUGGUCGGCCUUUGAUCCCAACGGCUUACGGCCUGCGUGUACGGGAGUAUCCAGGGCUCAUAUCGUACAGACAUUCCUCUCCUUCUCCCGUAGUACUGUAUCCACAUGACGAUAUCCUUCUCCUGUAGUGCUGUAUCCACAUGACGAUAUCCAUCCCAGGCUCAGUAGACCCGACUACAUAUCCUCUGGGGUUUCAGGCGGAAUAGCCACACGUCGGAGCAAAUAUGCUACCUUCAUUCAGACCUCUUGCCCCCGCACCACCAGGCGGACCGCUGGAACCAAGUGGCAGCGAGCCGCGAAAGAGAAAGAAGAAAGCUCGACUAGCCUGCAACCACUGCCGUGUGAAAAGAGUAGGGUGCGAUGGCGCGCGACCCGACUGUGCACGUUGCCUGCGGUCCCGCGUGCCAUGCGUCUAUAUAUCCGACGAUGCAGAUGCUACUCCAACCAUGGCUCUCAAGAGCGAGCUAGAGAGCCUCCAGCGCCGAUUGCAAGAGCACGCCGACUUGCUAGAGAGCAUUCGCAGCGCGCCAGACGACGAGGUCCUGGCCAUUGUCCACAGACUGCGGUCGGCUGAGGACCUCUCGGUCGUGCUUUCAGCCUACCAAGGUCGCAUAGGCGGCUCCAGCCAGGCAUCCGAGCAUGCUUUGGCACGCGCCGUCAUGCCGUCGGCCGAGACUGCCAUCGACUUUGAGCUAGUGAUGCUCCAUCCAACGGCCUUUCCGGUUCCUGUUCCACCAAGUCCGUCGUCGAUGGCGUCAGCAGGUCUGAUGGGCGGCUCCUCGCCGAGCGGUACUCCCAUGUCUCCCCCCGAGCCCUACACGUAUUGCGAUCCUCGUCUGGAACUCCUCGCAGUAAGCUACUGGACGCGAAUACCAAUCGACAGCAGACUCGCAGCUCGAGCGAUAUCACACUUCCUCGAGACCGAUCACCCGGUGCUUGGUUUCUUCGACGCCCAUCUCUUUCUUCGCGACUUGGUCGAGCAGGGCCUGGGCUUCUGCUCGUCCUUUUUGUUCCAUGCUGUCAUGUCGCUCGCCUGCCAAUCGUACAGCACAGUAGAGCUGCGGGUCGCACCCUUCGCUACCGCCUUCACCGAGGAAGCGAUCAAGCUCUGGCACGCCGAACGUUUGACCGAUUCGGCCACAACGCUGGCGGCCCUCAACUGCCUCUCGGUGGCUACUGGCUGGAAUGCCCGGAACCAGCCGGGGAACCACGAGCUGGUUGGAGAUGCUAGCGCAAUGGCUACCCGGAUUCAACUGUUCCAUGUUCCGCCAACGGACGCGUCGAUCGACCAUCUCCGGGAUCUGAGCGAGGACGAGAUGCGAGAUCAGGCUCACGUAGCCUGGGGCAGCUAUGGCUGUCAAUCUUUUCUCGCAAGCUUCUUCCCAAAGCCCUCGAUCAGGUACCCGCCGAGAUUCCCCAUCCCUGGCGACAACCCCGACCUCUUCGCCGCUUCCGACGCCUUCGAGCCCGCGCAUCAGGCACCAAACUACAUCGGCCAGACGUGUACUGCCAUGUGCAAGUUCUGGACCAUCGUGCAAGAAAUCCUGGCGGUAUGCAAUACAGAGGACGACGCACCUCCCUCUCGUCGAGAGGGACAUGUCGUGUUUUGCCGAAGCAAAAUAUCAGCACCCACUAGCAUGGGCAGAUACACUCCCCAUCUCGCCCAGCAACAGUUCCAACAGCGUCUCCCACGUAUACCUCUUCCAGUACACAUCACUGUGACCCUUAUCUAGACACCUCUGUCUAGACGCCUCUCACCUCUUCAAGCGCCCUGUUCCACACGACUGUACCAACCCUCUUCCGACCAUUUCUCGACCCACCAAAGAUCAUCCGGUUACGCUCCUUCUCCUCAGCCGACAGCACACCUCGCACCGUCGUCUCUGCCUCCGUCAAGCAACUAAAGCGCCUCGCACACAACUACCGCACGUGCCUGCCCCGCCAGCUCGCC